CCAGAUUUAUAAGACCGUUCACGACACUAGCAUAGCUGGUACAUUUACACACUCUGAAUUUGAAAAAGCGAAAAAACAAUCAAACAAAUUACAAAGAAGCUAGGAAAGAAAUUCUAACUAACUUCCAUGGAGAGCAGAAGUGAAGCUACAAAGGCAGGAGAAAUGUUGACUCCUAAAGAUAUUCCAGAGAUCCUGAGGGUCUUUGGAGAGGCUUGUGCUCAUGGAUCUAAAGGGCUGGAUUUUGAGGAAUUUUGUGUAGCAAUGAGGAAGAUACACAGUUCUGUGAGUGAAGAGGACCUGAAGGUCCUCCACACCCAGAUUGCCACAAACAGUGACAAAACUGUGAACAUUGAUGAGCUGCUCUAUUUUCUCUUGGAUAAAAAAAUGGCAUUAGAAAGUUGGGAUUGUGAAAAACCAUUUCCCAACCCUUUUGAAAUUGUACCUGUGGAUCUGCGUAAACGCAUUAUACGUCUGUUAUUUAUUCCCCUUGACGAUGAAAGGGAGCCUGAUCAUGAUCCACAGGUUUCAAAAGGACAAACCAGGACUUGCCAUAAAGGCCAUUACAUCGCGAUGAGCUCAGAUGGUAUCCUCAGCGUCUGGACUGAGAAGUUUGAGAUCUUUUGCUCAACUCCUUUGUGCAAACCGAAAGCAACGCAAAAAACAUAUUUUUCCAUCAGCAAGAAAAUGAAUGUUAAUGACAUGGUGUACCUCAAAGAACCCAAUCAAAUUGCCAUCUGCACCACUGACAGGGAAGUGAUAUUUUUCAAAUGGAAUCUUUUCUUCCUCAAACAGUUUAAUGUCAGUCAUUCUUUAAUAGUAGAGGACGACGCAGUGAAUGCUAUGAACUACUGGUCCAAUGGAACUAAAGCUGUGUUUUCCUUUAGUGAUAUGGAAGGACAUUUGUAUGUGUUCAUCUCUUACAAUAUACAGGCAAAUGGCCUUUUCUGCUCAAAUUUGUUCAAGGAAAACUCUCAGCACGGGUAUCAAACUGCAAAUGUUUCGACCCUGUUGAAAAGCUCCUCUCAACCUUUUGUAUGUGUUAAAAGUCUCAGCUUUCAUGAGCCGUGCAGCCAAGUCCAAUACUUUCCAAUGCUCGACUCAUUUUCCACCUGCAGUAGUUCAACCAAGACGAUGGUCCUCACACGCAUCCAUGCCUCACACAUUACCAGAGUCUCAAAUAAAGUCUUUGAGAGCAGAGGUAAUGCUAAGUUUUUCACGUGCGUUGAACACAUCCCUUCAGCUGGGAAUCUAGUGACUGGUGGUACAGAUGGCUUACUGCGGCUGUGGUUACCCCACAGAACCUUGUCCUGCGUUCGUUCCCUAACAGGACAUGCCAAACCUAUCACUCACAUUAGGUUCAAUCUUGAGGACGGAAUACUCAUCAGUUUAUCCGAGGACAUGAAUGUACGCGUGUGGUCCGAAAGCUUUAUGUGUAGGCAAAGCUUCCAGGCUCAUGGCAUGGAACAAGCCCGAAUUGCCAGUGUGUGUUAUAACAUACAAAACAAUGAGCUGGUCCUGACUAACACACACAUAGGGAAAUGUCUUGGAAGAGGAACGGAUGUUUCAAAAAGCAAAGAAACAACCCAUGAGAAGCCCCUAUGCUCUGCACUCUAUCACAACUUUUUGAAACAGGUCAUUUCUGUUUGUCAGAAUGGUGUGGUGCGAGUGUGGGAUAUCCUGACAGGAAAAAACGUUGUGCAGUUUAAGGUCACUCCGGGCAAUCAUGUGGGGACCACUGCCAUGUCAUUUGAUGAAGAUCAGCGUAGACUAAUCACAAUUUCACGGGAUGGGAAAGUGAGACUGUGGAACUUCAACAGUGGAACAGAGCUUGCAGUACUCCCUGUGACAGUGCCGCGCAAGGUGACAGGUAUUGUCUGCACUAACAAUCACAUCUUUGUUUCAGUUAGGAACUCCAAGAUCAUUUUUGACUUGGAUAUGAAAAGAGAUAACAACAGAGUUUUGGAGCAUGAUUAUUUAAGUGACAUUUCCUCUAUGGAUGUGCAUGAAAACACACUGGUUACUGCUUCCAGCAAUGUAUAUGUCAUUGUCUGGGAUAUGGACACUGGCGAGACUCUCUACUGGCUUAAUACAAGAACGAGCAUUCGAACUCACUGGGCAUUUAGAGUUGCUCAAGGUCAGACCAGGAGUCUGCCAGAAAGUGCCAUCGCCAUUGGGAGAAUUCAAUCACAUGGGACAAAGACAGAUGUGAAGAUCAGUCAUCUUAUUAGGUGUCUCAGGACCAGGGAGAAUACUAUAAACACAGCAACCCUGCUGACCUCUGCAGAUGGCUACAUCUAUGCCUGGUCUGUCAAAUGCAAGGGAGGUCUGUUGGCGAAGUUCAGGGCUGUAAAUGAUGAUGGUGCAGUCAUUACCACCAUGUCAACAGAUGUCAAUGAACGGACACUUCUGACGGGGGACAGUGCUGGAAAAAUUUAUCUGUGGGAUAUUCAGGGAUUUGGGUUAAAAGAACAGACGGACAAAGGCCCAUUUCAGGAUAUAAAUGGGUGGCGUGUGUCAAUGUGUCAACCUCCACUGUUGGGCUCCUGGCAAUCUUCUCAGACAGAGAUUUUGAAUGUUUUGUGUGAAAAAAACGUAAUCACUGCAGGUUUGGACCACAAUGUCCAGCUAUGGACAAACACAGGCUGCUUAAUUGGCCUUUUUGGGAGAGACCAAUGGGAUGCAACACAACUCUGCCCAAAGAAGAAUGCUGACCAGGAGCAGUCAGAACAACCACACACAGCAGAGACAAUUGACACUCAAAUGCCAUUGCCGGAGUCCCCGUCCCCAUCACCAGACCAGACAAGAGCAACGAUGCCCACAUCACCACUUCUUGAGCACUGCACAGGACCGACGCGGCCCACAUCCCCACCGCUUGACUUUACUGACCUCAAACAAAAACUUCACAGGAAAAUCUUAGCAAUCACAGCGCAGCAAGAAUGCCAUGAUGAUUUACAAGAACCCGACAGCAAGAUAAACACAUCUGCCAAGGAAUCCUCAGAUACAUACCCGUGUCAGACCAAACACACCGGUGAAGACGGGAUUUUUAGAUACAGGCCCACGUUAAGCUCCACACAUCGGAGAUGCCACAGAUGCCAAACAAAGCUCUCCUCAGACUCCGCAGACAUCUGAUAAGGUUCAGCUCGCACAUCAUCGUGCAUCAUCAAGCAAUUUAGGCCACAUCCGCCUCAGACUGCCCACCACAGGCUGUACUAACGCUGAAUAAAGCAUCCACGCUUAUCAUCCAUCUCUGAUAAGUUUCCGCUUUCUCAUCUUCUGACUCAAUUAAAAGCCAAUAAUACUUGAGACCCUGCUCACCACAGGCUGUACUAACGCUUUAAAGAGCUCACCACACGUGGCCAUCGGCUAAUACAGUCAAGCAGGGGGCUGAACACUCGAUAAAGCAUGCACGCUUAUUACCCAUCUCUGAUAAGUUUCAUAAUCUUACUCAAUCAAAGCCAAAACCACCGCUCACCACAGGACGCACCAACACAACAAAGAGCCGUCGAAGAUUCAUACAGGUUAAACAUGGAACCACACGGGAGUCAUUCCUGUGUCUAGGAUACUGUGGGGGACACGGUGGUGCAGUGGUUUGCACCGUGACCGCCCAGCAAGGAGGUUAUGUCUGUGAGGAGUUUGCAUGCUCUCCUCGUGCCUGUCUGAGUUUACUGCAGCGGCUCCGGUUUCCUCCCAGAGUCCAAAGACACAUCAGCUGCCUCAGCAAGAUGUUUCAACUCUCAAUUCCUUCAAACUUCAGCUCCAAGAUCAAGCUUUACAUUUUAGCUUACAUGUUUACAAAGCGAUACAUUUUCAACUACCACAACAUUUUGAGUUUGGCUUCUAAAGUUUUGAUUCUUUAACUUCCAGCCAUGCUUCCGUGAAUGGUCUCCCUUUCUUCUCUCUUUUCCACACACCUCUCCUCUCUCCCUCAUGUCUCUCCUCUCACGCCAACUGAUCAAAGCUGAUGGGCAUCCGCAUCUCCUUCUAUGCAAAUAAAAUGUAAUUGUAUUGCA